AUGUCUGUCAACCUGAAUAAACCCAAGGAUGUUGUGGGCACGUCUCAGCCACUUGAACUAAAGCUGCUCGAGCGUACAGAGAUUCCGAACACACCAUCACAACGGUCGAGCCAGUUUGACAGUUCUAUACCCGAGCAUUCAUUAGAAAAACUCCCUAACGCCCGUGUGUCCCAACAGGACACUUCUACUCAAGAUGAUGAGGAUGCAUUGGCCCUCGAUGAUCUGAGCCACACCCAAAACCAGGUCCCCUUGACAGCUCUUUGCUCGGGCUGUCGAAAACAGACCGCAUUAGUCAAGGCCGGAGAGAAAGAUGCUCAGUGUCUGAUCGAUGUAUAG